UAGACUUUGAUUACUAUAUGUUCGUUUUAGUAGGAUUUAUAUUUUAGUUAAAGAAUUAAUAUUAAUCAUUUGUAAACCUUUAUAAAUUUGGUGAGUAUUAAAUAUCGUGAUGGCGUCUUCGUUCUACGACGAAAAUGAAACAACUGAACGUUUGAAACAAUUUUACCCGUCAGUAAACGAGGAAGAGACGCCCCUGCCUCGCAAAUGGAGCGCCAAGGAUAAAUAUAACUACAUCAACUUAUCGGAGGAUCAUUUAAAAGUCCAAUAUAAAGGCCAAGGCAAGAACCAUAGGGACGCAGCUUCAGUUAGAGCGACGCAUCCCAUCCCUAGCACGUGUGGGAUUUAUUACUUUGAAGUGGCAAUUGUCAGCAAGGGGCGCGACGGCUACAUGGGAAUCGGGCUGUCUGCGCAAGGCGUUAAUCUUAACAGACUUCCAGGGUGGGAUAAAAUGUCGUAUGGUUACCAUGGCGAUGAUGGGAACUCAUUUUGUUCAUCGGGUACAGGGCAACCUUAUGGCCCUACCUUCACUACAGGUGAUAUUGUAGGAUGUUGCUUGAAUAUGAUAAAUAACUCGUGUUUCUACACUAAGAAUGGGAUUCAUAUCGGGACAGCGUUUCGUGAUUUACCAUUAUCUGCCCAUGCCUUGUACCCAACUGUUGGGCUGCAGACACCAAACGAAGAAGUUCGUGCUAAUUUUGGGCAAGAACCUUUUGUGUUUGAUUUUGGGGAUUACUUGAAGCAAUGGAAUGUAUCUGUGAGACAGACAAUACUUAACUAUGGGAGCGACGAUGAUAUAGGAAAGUUCCAAACCAUGCUGCAUAGUUUAACAUCGAGCUACCUCAUACACCAUGGUUAUGUAGCAAGCACUGAGGCGUUUAAUCGAAAUAUUAACCAUGGCUUUCAACAUUAUGAAGAUAUUAACUCAAUAAAAAGUCGGCAGAAAAUACAGAAGGCUGUUCUAUCUGGAAGAGUAGGUGAAGCUAUUCUAUUAACCGAGCAAUUGUUCCCAAACCUGCUGCCAAAGAAUCCGAAUCUGAUGUUUCUGUUAAAAGUCCAGCAGUUUAUUGAGAUGGUAAAUGGAACUGAUACUGAAAUAAAGAAUCUUUCUCGCCACCAAAGUUUUUCCAGCCCCUCAGUGAGCCCCAAACACACAAUGUGGUCAAAAAGUUCGUCCAACGCCAAGGAUAAAUAUAACUACAUCAACUUAUCGGAGGAUCAUUUAAAAGUCCAAUAUAAAGGCCAAGGCAAGAACCAUAGGGACGCAGCUUCAGUUAGAGCGACGCAUCCCAUCCCUAGCACGUGUGGGAUUUAUUACUUUGAAGUGGCAAUUGUCAGCAAGGGGCGCGACGGCUACAUGGGAAUCGGGCUGUCUGCGCAAGGCGUUAAUCUUAACAGACUUCCAGGGUGGGAUAAAAUGUCGUAUGGUUACCAUGGCGAUGAUGGGAACUCAUUUUGUUCAUCGGGUACAGGGCAACCUUAUGGCCCUACCUUCACUACAGGUGAUAUUGUAGGAUGUUGCUUGAAUAUGAUAAAUAACUCGUGUUUCUACACUAAGAAUGGGAUUCAUAUCGGGACAGCGUUUCGUGAUUUACCAUUAUCUGCCCAUGCCUUGUACCCAACUGUUGGGCUGCAGACACCAAACGAAGAAGUUCGUGCUAAUUUUGGGCAAGAACCUUUUGUGUUUGACUUUGGGGAUUACUUGAAGCAAUGGAAUGUUUCUGUGAGACAGACAAUACUUAACUAUGGGAGCGACGAUGAUAUAGGAAAGUUUCAAACCAUGCUGCAUAGUUUAACAUCGAGCUACCUCAUACACCAUGGUUAUGUAGCAAGCACUGAGGCGUUUAAUCGAAAUAUUAACCAUGGCUUUCAACAUUAUGAAGAUAUUAACUCAAUAAAAAGUCGGCAGAAAAUACAGAAGGCUGUUCUAUCUGGAAGAGUAGGUGAAGCUAUUCUAUUAACCGAGCAAUUGUUCCCAAACCUGCUGCCAAAGAAUCCGAAUCUGAUGUUUCUGUUAAAAGUCCAGCAGUUUAUUGAGAUGGUAAAUGGAACUGAUACUGAAAUAAAGAAUCUUUCUCGCCACCAAAGUUUUUCCAGCCCCUCAGUGAGCCCCAAACACACAAUGUGGUCAAAAAGUUCGUCCAAUAGCCCAGCGUCGAGCCAUAACGGUUUCUCGCCCCCAGCCCAACGACCACAGCUCUAUCGCCCUCUAGAGCAUCGAAGUUACUCGCAACAAUCAUCGACGACAUCUGUCGAACCGAUGACGACGGAAUAUUUCCAAAAGUCCGGCUCGGGCAGCAGCUGCGGGAGUGGUAGCGACAUGGAGACGGAUUCCGAUGACGAGACGAAACCGCCACACGAGGGGGUUUCCAACGGGGUGUCGCACGAGUUCAACAACGGAGUGAGUUUGUCCACUAGUGGUGCUGGUGAGUCAGCCCAAGCGACGACAACACAGAAGCAACUUUGUGGCGGGAACGCGAUCGCCAUUGAACGAAUGAUGGUGUUCGGACAACAACUUUAUAAACUUUCUAAGGAAAUUAAAAACGAGGGAAACGCGGCAAAAAACAAUCGAAUAUUAAAAGAUGCGUUUAGUCUGCUUGCAUAUAAAGACCCUUGGAGCUCCCCUGUUGGUUACCAGUUAGAUCCAGUUCAAAGGGAACCGGUUUGUACCGCUUUAAACAGCGCUAUACUGGAAUCGCAAAACUUGCCUAAACAACCCCCAUUAUUAACUGUUAUCGGACAAACUAGACAAUGCGUCAAGAAAAUGCUGACAAACAAAAUUGGGGCGGCCGCGUUUAUAUCGUUGAUGGAUUAUUUACGAUAGUGAUGUCAUAAUACAUGCUUUUUUACCUUUAUUUAUUCACCUACGCUUGUAGUAUAUUUGCGUUGUAACAUAGACAUCUCAUAUUUUCAGCUUCUAUUGAAUUUAAAAACGUAUAAAAAUCUGACUGUUUUACUAAGUUUCCAUAAAAACAAAAACUGCUUGUAAAUAUUUAUGUCGGUAUAAAGCUUAUAAAUCUUGGAUUCACGGUGUAGUUUUUGAUGUAGGUUAAUAAGAAAAUUAAAAAUUCAUUUCUUUUUUGGGUGACAACAUUUAAGUGACAUGUUAGUUAUAAUGUUUCUAUGUUACUUAAAGUUACACCUCCACAGUAUGAUUCAUAGUUAAUUGACUUUGUUCUUUUACUGUGUGUGUUAUUAUGACAUCAUAAUUACUUUAUCUUAGUAACAAAAGAUAUUUUCUAAACUUGUCCAUCUUAUAGUGAUGUCAUCAUAAUUACGUUUGUUUCAAAUAAAAAAAACAUUUUUUUUCCGAAAUUGCUUCUUAUUUAUAAAUAUUUAAACUAAUUAAUGAUACAUUACUAUUGAAUGUUAUAUAACUAAUACAACAUCACGAUAUUAAAACGUUUGAUUUUGAAUUUUUCAUAAAAAUUUUAUUUUUUUUAGAAAAUUUAAUUUUUUCUUGAAUUCACCAAAAAUCAACAACUUUUGUCAAAUUUUAAUAGAACGUAUUUGGAUUUAUAAAAAUUACGUCAUUUAAAUAUUUACUAAUUAGCUAA